CCCAAACUAGCCAGGCCUCCUACCGUCCGGAAUUGCUUGCCAACGCCUCCUAUACCAGUCCUCUCCUUGAGUCCCCGCGCCGACGCACCAAGCAAGUGUACCCUCUUUCGCACGACUGCCCGAGCCCACCGCGGUCGCCGUGUUCGUAUUGUCAAUGCCGUCCCCAGCGCCUGCUCUCGUCUCCAUCACAGGCCUUUCGGUCACCGCGCACAACCCUUCCGUAUACGCCAACGAAAAGACCACCCACACAAAGAGGAUAAAGUACAAAGAGAAGAGCAAAGGAGAAGCCAGGGACUUAACACCGAAGUUGAAGUACAACAGAGGCAAUAGGGACAAGAAGAGGAAUAAUCGUGACAGGAUCUCCAAGGCCAGCACAAGCUCCAAGACCACCUUUGCUGCGUCACAGCACACGACGAACAAGCGGUCACUGGUCAAGAAGGAAAAUUAUCUGGCCCCCGAGGCGCCGAAACCUGUGGCUCCCGUCUUCUCUUGA